AUGAUUGAAUUAUAGAUUAUAUUUUGAUAGAUUUUCUACCAUGAUCAUUACUGUUUUUUGGUAUGUAUUUGCCAUACCCAGAUUUAGGUUUCCAAGAACCUCAUUAAUUUUGAAGAAUUAUGUACGAUUGAAAUAUUAUUAUGUUUACUUUUCUGUUCGUCCAUCUUUACAGUGGUGGUUGUUAUUUAUUUAGUUUAAACUUUAGAAUUUGAUGCAAUGUAAAACAAACAUUUGAUUCUGUUUGUUUAAGUUAUUUCAUCACACAUGAAAUAUAUAUGCAGUUCAAAAACAAAGUAAUAGAAAAAUAAAGGAAAAAAAGAGAUCUAAUAGUUUCAAAUCAAAGAAAACAAUACCAAACAUUUAACGAUGCAAAGUGGAGAAGAUACACUUUAUAAUUUGAGUAGUGUUUCAAAAAGUGUUUAAACAAGCUCUAUGCUUUGAUUAAAAUUGGAGAACAAGAAAAAGAGUGGUGGUGACGUCUCAAUUGUAUAGGUAAAAACUAUUUCUGUUUUUUUUCAUUAAAAUUAUCAAUGUAGAUAUUAAGAUAAUUAUAAAAAUUUAAAUUGGAUAAUUAAGUCAUUUCAUAAUAUAUAAGUGUAUUUUUCUAAAAAGCUAAAAACUGAUGUAGAUUUCAAAAUAUAAUCUUAUUGGAAGGUAAUUUUCCAAAUUUUCCCAUUAUUAAACCUAAUACUUUUGAAGCGUUGCGUCACUGUAAAAUUAGUAUUUUCAAUAUUUUUUAUAAUACGGUAUUUAGAAUAUUAUUUUUUAUCUUUAGUUUUUUAAGUUUUAUCAAUUAAAAAUAUAAUUUUAAUUUAUUUUAAACAUUUGAUGUAUAAUCAUUUUAAAAUAAUAUUGAAAACUUAAUACUUAUUUUCUUCCCGCGUUCUCGCGGGGGAUCCACGUCCUAGUACAUGUAAUAGUAGAUUAAUACAACAUAUAGUGUUAGUUACAUAUUGUAUUUUACUAGUAUGAGAUUAAUAUUAAUUAGAAAGAAAUACAACCAGAAAUGUCAUAUGAGGCAAAAGAAAUAAAGAAUCAUGAAGAGAGAAAAUUGACCUUUACAAUAAGUAGUGGCAUUGCCUUCUUUGCAAAGACAUAAUAACUCCUGCGUCCUCGUAUCAAACCUCACAAACCCCACCACCUUUGGUAGUUUCUUGGCAAAGAAGGCACUUCAUAGUCACCGGAAACUCAUAAUCAACCCUAAUCCCAUACUCCGGAACCUGAUCAUACGGCCCAUUCCCCGCACCUGCCUUCCUCUAAUAAUACACACUCGUAUACGUCGCACAGCUCUGUAGCAUCAGCCUAAGAGACUGAGUUGCUUUGGGGUAAUACGAGCAACAAGAAACCCUAGAACCUAACACCGAUCCGCAUUCAGGCAAAUGCCUACAUAGAUAGCUCGAGCUAUCGCAAGAAGAGUCACAUUUAUCGGGAAACCUCUCGCAGAAGAGCGGUUUAGGCUCGACGAUGACUUUCUCGGGAUCACAGUUGAAGAACAAGUAGUCGUUUUGAAGGGAAACAGUGAAGUGUGGGCUUGAAUCUAUGCUGAAAGAUCUCGUGGGUCGGAAGCUGUCUCGAUCUCGACAGUUCCACAUAUAUGGGUCCGAGAGAAGAGAGAAGAAGGUGAGGAUCAGAGUAGCUUAUGGAUGGUGUUCUGAGUUGGAGUUUGUUGUUGUUGUCGGAGAAAAUGAGCAUGUGACGGUAAUAAGGGCUUCCACAUUAGGUGGUAAGUGCCUGCAUAUGUUGUAGGUAGAUGGGGUCUCCCCCGGCUUCGUUAGCGGCAGUCCUUGACUCAUGCCAACAUCUUCAAGGCCCCCAUGCUGCUCAUGCUGUAAUAGUCCUAAGCUUCUGAAUCAAGUCAUCAUCUACUCCCUCUGGCGUGAACGGAAUGCCCGCAUCUUCAAAAGCAUAACACUGACCCAGGAGGCGUUCUUCCAUGUCGUCGAUCGAGCCAUGCGUGAUAGACUGCUGUCUUUAUCUCGCCCAAUAGCUGCUGUUGUUGUUCCCUCUCUUUUUGAGUUGUACUUUUGGUUUCUAUCCCCUUAUAGUUAAUGCUACUCUCUUACUCUCUCUACUCUUUUUUCUCUCUCUCUUCUCUCUUUUCUUUUGCUCUUUCCCCUCUGUUUUCUUCUUAUGUUUUUGUAAUAAGUUGUGUUUCACAACAUUGUAAACUCUAAAAAAGUGGUAUAAAUCUUAACAUUUACACCAAAAAAAAAAUGGUGUAGGUAGUCUCAUGAUUGGUUAUUUUCAUAAUACGGAGUAAACCAAAUCGAAACCCUUCAAAAAAUGAAUUUAUCACAACCGACUAAAAAAAAAGAAUUAACCGGACCACACCAAUCUGAUAUGCAAGAACAUCAUCAUUACACACUCUCCGUCUCGGUGGAGCCAUCGAACGUCCCCUCGUACUUGCACGUUUCCACUCAGAAGCCUCAAGUCUUGUAUAGAAAUAGACCUCCAUGAGGUUUGAGUGUUUAUCCUGAAUCGACUUACACUUUACUUUUCCAGGUCGUGAAUCCGGUGUUUGAACUGAUCUGAUGUACAAUAAAAAGAUUGUACAAAAAAAAUCCUUUAUGAGACGAAUUUCUAAAAGAAUAGUAAUAUGAUAAUGGCCGUGAGACUAAUUUAAAAAAAAAAAAAAUCAAUUUAUGUUCUUUAUUUCUUCUAUUUUAUGCAUUAUAUAUAUAGGCAUAAUUAAAAAAAAAAAUCGGGCUACUUUUCUGCUUCAAAACGGCUACUUUUCUCUCUCUAAAACGGCGACGGAAAGUGCGAUUCAUCAACAGUGACAACUUUCUCCGCCUCUCACCGGCGUCUCAUUAGACGUCGGCUACUCAACCAGUGCUCCGCCCCUCCACCGCCGAGCAUAAUGAAGAAGAAGAAACCGAAGAAAUCUCCGUCGAAAUCGCCGGCGAAGUCGCCCCCAAAGGCCCCUUCCAAGGCGGAUUCAUUUUCUCCUGAGACGGAUCUGGUUCCUGGUGCCGUUGAGACUGUUUUAGAUGCCCAAUCCGACUCUCCGGUCGACAUGGAAGCUCAAUAAUCUCACGAUGCCCCAGAUCUGGGCCUGGCCUGCUCAGAAAUCCUCCCCUGUUUGGUUGUGAUCGACGUGACUGUGUCGGAUCCUCCAUCAACCACUCACGUUCCUCCGUCAAAUGCAUGGAAGUCGAGCACUGAUGGUAUACCUCAGAGCCCCUCGAUGUCGGACAAGGAAGAGAGACCUGCCUCUGUCCCUGCCGGGACUACGCACUCAGACAAUGCUGAUGCCAAGACUGUGUCUUUGAGCUCGCAUUCUGUCCCUGAAACACCUGAGAACCAAGUCUCAGUGGUUCCCAACCCCCUUGAAACGCUAGCCGUUCAGUCUCUCUCUGAUGGUGACCAGAACUUGGCUAAGGAGAUCUCAGUUGAGGAAGGCAAAAAGGAUUCAACCCCUCCUCCGAAGGCUGUGAAGCAGAACCCUGCCCCCAAAACUACCCCAGUAAACGAUUGGUGCAACCUCGCCAAAGGUCUAGGGAAGAGACUAUCUAAAAAAGGAGAAGCCUUUACCCUUCCUUCGGGUGAAGCUUGUAUCAAAAUACCAAACUCAGUUAUUGAAAAGAACAUGAAAUCGUGGGAAACUUUUGUGCUAGGCCAGUUCUAUUCGGAUCCACCGUCUCAGGGUACUCUUCAUAACAUAGUCAACGGGAUCGGGAGCAAACACUACCGUGACAUCGUUGUUUCCAAGAUGGAAGGGUUCGCCUUUCUCUUUCGGAUACCAAACACAGCGACUAGAGCCAGGGUUAUAAAUCAGAGACUAUGGCAGAUUGAAGGUCAGACCAUGUUCGUUGACAAAUGGGAGCCUGGAGUGGUGCCUGCGAAGCCAGAGCUAACUUCAGCACCUAUCUGGCUGGAGCUGAGGAAAGUUCCUUUUCAGUUCUUCAACGAGGACGGAUUGGAACGCAUAGCUGGCCUUGUGGGUGACCCGAAAUACCUUCAUCCUAUGACGAAAAACAAAACGAACCUAGAGGUUGCUAAAGUGUGGACUAUCAUAGACCCCCGGGUCCCAUUACCUGAAGCAGUAAACAUUCAGUUUGAAUCCGGUGAAAUUAGCAGGGUCUUGGUCUCUAGUCCUUGGAUGCCGCCGGUUUGCGCUAUGUGCAAAGAGAUUGGGCACGUUGCUAAGAGAUGUCCGUCUGUGCAGAAAGUUCCUAUGCUUUGCGCUCAAUGUAACUCGAAGAAUCACAACCUUGAAAACUGCCCGCUGAUCCGCAAGCAGGAGCCUAAAGGGAAGAAGACUCGAAGAGGUAAAUCCAAGGAAAAUCGGCAGUGGAGGGUAGUUGAGCCGACCACUGAUCCCGCAAAAUCACCCCCGGUGCCUCAACAAACAGAACAGACACAUACAAAGAUAGGCCAUAGUUCUCUAUUGGGCACUGCAAAAGAUCAAGUUCAUGGUGAAUCGAGUGCUACUCCAUCCUACCUCCAGUCAACGCGUCCAAGAAGUUCUUCUCGCGCCUCAAAAUCCUCUAACUCAGACAUUCAGCCUGACUCUUCGGAUGUUGACACCUCAGAUUCAGAGCUAGAGGAAGGUGAACUCACUCGUUUUGAACCGGAUUUUCAACGGGUCAGAAAUAAAAAGCAAUUUUCAGGUCUGAAGGAUAACAUGGGCAGGGGUCCCAAACCCAAUUAGUAUUAUGUCGACGGACAUUUUUUGUUGGAAUGUACGCGGGCUA